GGCUGUGGGUGCCGCGCUCGCGUUUCUCAGCGGUCCGGGGGCCGCUGGCCGAGGGGCCGGCUGCUCUGCUGCUCACUCCUGCCCUGCUCCUUUUAGCCUGCUUGGCGGCUUCCUCGUGCAGCCUAGGCCAGGCCGGCUUUGGAGGGGGAUUCUUCGUCCGUGGGACCUUCUCACUGCCCGAGGGUCAACCUGGAUAAUGCCAAGAAAAAAAAACCAGUUAGCUCAUCUAAAUGCCGUCCAAAGAAAAUCCACCUUGCUUCCAGCUGAAAUCCCUGGAACCCUGGCAGUUGAUCCAGAUGGGAAUUCCUCUCCAUUAAGCAGCAAAUACUUCAUAAUAGAGAAGAACACUUCUCAGCUUGGGUCUGACUACUUUAACCAACCCUGCAUCAGCCUGGCUAAGUCAGUUCUCGGACAGAUUUUAGUUCGUAAACUUCCUGAUGGCAGAGAACUCCGGGGGAAGAUAGUGGAAACAGAGGCUUAUCUGGGUGGGGAAGAUGAGGCUUCACAUUCAAAAGGUGGGAAGCAAACUCCAAGAAAUGCAGCAAUGUUUAUGAAGCCAGGAACUCUGUACGUGUAUCAGAUCUAUGGGAUCUAUUUCUGCAUGAACAUUUCCAGCCAGGGUGAAGGAGCUGCAGUUCUGCUCCGUUCCUUGGAACCACUGGAUGGCCUGGAUGUGAUGCAGCAGCUGCGAAGUUCUCAGAAGAAAGGGCAGCCCAAACCCCUAAAGGACUGGCAGCUGUGUAACGGGCCCUCCAAGCUCUGCCAAGCAUUUGAUAUUAACAAAGACUUUGACCAAAGAGACCUAGCUCAGAACCCUGCGAUAUGGCUGGAGCCUGGUCCAGAAGUGCUAGGAGAGCAGGCUGUGGUGACUACAGCCAGGAUUGGCAUUGGCUGUAGUGGAGAGUGGGCACAGAAACCUUUGAGGUUUUAUAUACGAGGAAACAGGUGUGUGAGCAUUGUGGACAAAAGGGUAGAGAGGGAGACUGAGUGCUCGUAUGAUUUACCUGUUGCACAGGGGUAAGGUGGCAGCCUGGUGCACAACUGGAUUUUUCCUUUAGUUAACACUCAGCCCAAGCUAUGGCUUGACAGGAACAAUGAGGGAAAGGGGACUGAUUGAUUGAUUCAGGAGAUUUUUUUUACAAUAAAUAUUUUGCUAAUGUA